UCGAACGAUAAACUCUACUUAAGUUUUGCCUUGCUCGUAAUCAUGUUGAAUCCGUUCGUGUCCCUUUUUGUACUGCAUCUCUUCAUUCUGAGUUUGACUGUGUCUGGAAGAGGAAUGGCUCAUAAAAACCGUUUAGAGAAAACUUCAUGUUCUGAAGAGACGAAAAACUCGCCUGAAACGAAGGGUCCAAAGAAGCACUUUAAGAGUCUAAUUCAAGAAGGAUGUAAGUUAAACGAUGUAUUUCCUCUUGCUCUAUUUUUUGAAUGUAUUCAGUUACUGAUGCGAUGAGGAAACGAUAUCAUAAACUUACAGGUUUUUUAAAUGAUCGAUAAACUUAAAAAUCUAAUGGUUUAUUUGCUCUCAGCUCUCAACUUUACGUGGAUUAUAAUUUUACGAAGGAAAGCAGAAGUUUGCAAUCUUAAUAGAGUACAGACAAUUUUUAUUUAUAGCGACUUGAUCUGCAUAGCCCUAAAGCCCAAAGACCAAAAGGGAAAAGUCUUGAAAAUGAAAAUUCCUUAAUUUCACUUUUAUCUUGUUUUAGCUGCUGAUCAGCACAAUGAAGUCCAAAUUGAACCAUUUUCAAGCAAGGAAACAGAACGCAAACUUCUUCCAGAGAAGAAAGAAGAUGAAGCUGAUGCUUGCCGAAGGGUGCCAAUGUAUGUGAGCUUUUCGAAUCUUAAAAAUAGUACCCUAUUUGAUCUAGUCAUUGCACCUUCGGGGUUCAAUGCUUUUAAGUGUGUGGGGAAGUGCAAACCUAACAAUUAUUCACUGAUGAUGGCAAUGCUGAACUCAAAGAACAAGAGGUACCCAACCGAUGGCGGCAGGUCCUGUUGCGUCCCAAUAAAGUGGCGAUCAGUCUCUUUAUUGGUGUUUCAGCAGGAGAAGGUUUUAUUGAGGAAAUUUGAUAAUAUGAUUGUUCAGGAAUGCGGGUGUAUGUGA